AUGCAAGCUCACUCAAACCAUAUCCCGCAACCACCUCACUCAGCCGGUACCGACUACAAAGGUCUCCGGCCCCGGAUCGACCCACUCCAGAUCCCUUCACCCAUUGAGUCAAUUUCAUUUGACCAGCAUGGAUGGCAGGACAAGAUAUACAUGACUCUACCGGGAUCGCAUGCCCCGCUGUGUACUUCGGACUUCGUAGCGGUUGAUCAAGGCAAUGCAUCUCCUAAAUUUAUUCGAAUGUCGACAUGGAAUAUGCCUAGCACCUCCAAGCUUGCGUCGGCAUGCCAUAUACCAUUAGCUGCUGUGCUUCAACCUUUUGCUGACCUCGACCCACGGGAAGAACCUAUACCUCUCAUCGAGACCGGUGAUGCUGGCCCCCCGCGCUGUGAGAGAUGUAGAUCAUAUAUUAACCCUUGGUGUACCUGGGUCGCUGGGGGCAUCAAGUGGAAAUGCAAUCUUUGUGAACAGGAAACCGAAGUUUCUUCGGAGUGGUUUUGUAAUUUAGAUGCCAACCUAAUGCGACUGGACCAUUCACAACGACUCGAAUUGAACAAAGGGACUGUGGACUUUGCUGUGCCAGAAGAGUACUGGGCACAGCAACCUCCUCCGACUUUGUCCCAAUCCUUCUCGAUGGACCCACAACCUUUAGGUGCUAGAAAACCGGAACCGAUGAACUAUUUCUUUGCACUCGACGUAUCGAGUGAUGCUGUGAUCUCUGGAUUCUUGCACGCUGCCUGUGAAUCACUACGACGGAUGCUGUACGGUGUGGAAGAUGGAUACGCAUGUUUCCCUCCGGAAAGUCGACUUGCCAUCCUAACGUUUGACCAGACGCUGCACUUUCACGAUCUCUCUUCAGAUAUGACAUCUAUGUUGGUCGUUUCGGAUAUAGAUGAGGUGUUUGUACCUUUGCAAAAAGGCCUAUUUGUAAACCCAGUUGAGCGUCGGAGAUCUAUCGAGGGGUUACUAAAAGCCCUUCCUCGACGAUUUACUAAUGUAACAACGCGAGAUUCCGCGUUAGGAUCGGCCAUAUACGCAGGAUUGGCCUCUCUUGCUGGGCGUGGAGGUCACCUUGUCGUCUUUCAAUGCACGAGACCGAGUCUUGGUCUGGGUGCGUUACAUGACCAACCCAAAGAAGCGGACCUGUAUGAUACCGACAAGGAGAAGACAUUGCAUCAACCGCGUGAUAAAACGUGGCUACGAAUUGGCACUGAAUGUGCUGAAGAAGGCGUUGGUGUCAGCUUUUUCCUUGGACCCAAUUCUUUCAUGGACGUUGGUUCUGUAGGUGUGGUAGCGUCCCUUACCGGGGGCGAGAUUUUCUUCCUCCCUCGUUUUGAGCCCGUCCGCGACGCCCAUGUUCUCGACUCACAAUUACAGAGGCUUAUGCGCCGGUGGCAAGGUUAUAAUUGUACGAUGAAAGUGCGAACUUCAAAAGGACUUCGAAUAUCUAACCAUUACGGAAACUUUCACAAACGCUCACCGACAGACCUUGACUUCGGCAUCUUCGACGCGGACAAGGCCAUAUCGGUCGAGCUUGAGCACACUGGAACCCUCGAUCCUCGUGGAUACGCACACAUACAGUGUGCAUUGCUGUACACUACGGUUUCGGGGAAGCGUAGGGUGCGAGUGUGCAACCUAGCUAUGGUCAUUGUGCAGCUGGCGCAAAACGUGUUUCAAUAUGCGGACAUGGAGGCUUUGGUAUGUCACCUGGCCAGAGAAGCCAUGUCUCAAUUGACAUCACAGAAGAUGUCUACCGUCCGUGAGGACCUUACAGAAAAAUGCUCUUCUCUCCUUCUUGGGUACCGCGAUCAAUGUGCAGCUGGGACACGUGCAACUCAGCUGAUUCUUCCAGAGGCAUUCAAAGCUCUACCCGCUUUCAUACUCGCAUUACAAAAAAGCAAGCCUCUGAAAGCUCGUCAAGUUUCAUCUGACGUGCAAAACUAUGAGAUACACAGGAUAAUGUCUAUGAGCCCGCGAACUACUAUUCAUCAUCUGUAUCCCCAAUUGCUCGCUCUCCACGAUCUGGACGAUAGUACCGCCGCACCCUUUUACACUGAAGGUUCGGACGGUAUCAUUAAAGAGACAAUCACAUAUCCAUUCUGCAUGCGGGCUAGCCACCAGUACAUGGAAGCAAGUGGGAUCUACCUGAUUGAUAAUGAGGAAAUGAUGAUCUUUUGGGUCGGUUCUAGCGCUUCGCCUCAACUCUUACAGGAUUUAUUCGGAGUAGAUGAUAUAAUGACGCUUAGUCCGCGCACUCUUCCCGCACUCAAUACAACCCUCUCAAACCAAGUGCGAAACAUCCUAGCUCACCGAUUUGAACAAAGAGGGCGGUUGGUCAGGAUGUAUAUUGCACGACAAAACCUCGACGGCAUCGAAAUAGAAUUCAGUGAUAUGCUGGUCGAGGACAGGAACAAUGGCGCCAUGUCAUACUUCGAUUGUAUGCCCAAACGCUUGUCCAUAUCUGCCGCACCCUUCUUACGCCGUCACAAAUUAGAUCUGACCAUCGUCCAUCAACAGAUUUUGACUGUUCUAAAACAAGGAGGGCCUUUAGGUGGAGGUGUAAACCUUAGAGGCUCACCAUGGUAG